AUGGAGCCAAUCCAGUGGCUGUGUGAGCAGCAUCCAUUUCUGACGUACCAAUGUUUUUCCAUUCCCUUUGCUUUUCUAUUCUACGUCUUGGCUAAACAGGGAUGUCUCUCUUUGACAUACAGGUACCUCUUCUUGGCAUCCGGAGGCUGUAUCCUAGCGAUAAUCACCAUGGGUGUAUACAGCUUGCUUCUGCUCAUCUCCACUGUGAUCUUUGUGCUGCUGGUGUGUUCACUAAGCCCAGAGCGUGUCCAUCCAUGGGUCUUUGGACUGCAGAUGGGUUGGCAAACAUUCUGGCACCUGCUCAUACAGUACAGAGAAUACUACCUCAAUGAGCCCACUGAUUCCAGGCUUCUCCUAUCAAUGUCAUCCUUGAUGCUACUCACCCAGAGAGUCACCUCCGUGUCAAUGGAUCUACAGGACGGGGGCAGGGUGACAUUAAUGACCCAAUGCCGGGUCUUUCUCCCACUCAUCAGCUAUGCACUAAACUUCACUGCCUUGCUCGGCGGACCCCUGUCCUCGUUUGACCAAUUUGUAUAUUUUGUAGAGCAGAUUACCAUCAGCCCUCCUCCCCAGCCUCUGUCCGUUAUAUCCUACAAGGGCUUUCAGGUGUUAUCUCUGGAGUGGGCUAGGAACUAUCUCACUCGUCUCCUCAGAGACAAUGCCUCCAGUUUGUCCGUCUCCAACAACGCCCUCACCGAUGUCUUGUGGAUAUGGGGCCUUGCUGUGGUGUUGAGGAUCAGAUACUACUCUCACUGGAAGAUCAGUGAAUGUCUGAAUAAUGCUGCUGGGCUUGGGUUCAGGGGGAUGGUCAGGGAGGAGGACAGCCCAAACUGGAGUGGCCUGUCUGACGGAGAUCUUUGGACCACAGAGAUGUCCUGCCAGGUGUCCGAAUUUGCCCGUCGGUGGAAUGGUACGACAGCUACAUGGCUACGUAGGCUGGUUUUCCAAAGAUGCAAAACCGCUCCGCUGGUAAUGACAUUUGGGUUUUCCAUCUGGUGGCAUGGCAUACACCUGGGUCAGUUUGUAGGGUUUCUUGUUUGGGCUGCAGCUGUGAGAGCAGACUACCAGAUAUACAAGUACUUGAAGCCAAAGCUCACGUCUACUAGGAGGAGAUUGGUGCGCACCUGUCUGUGUUGGUUAAACACUCAAAUGGUAAUGGCGUGUGUUGUUAUUGCAAUCGAGCUUCGAAGCACUUCCUCUUUGAAAAUAUUGGGUCUGACAUACACUGGCGUUUUUCCUCUUCUUAAUGUUCUCUUUAUCUUCAUUGUAUGA